CGUGGCGACCAUUCCGCGCCUCCAUCUCAUUGCGUUCCAGUUAUUGUGUAUUUGGGAUGCUUCCCCUCACACACACACCGUUUGCAGCAGCAGUAAAACCCUAAUCGAGCAUCUGCUCCAAAUCGCCAGAUUCUGACGCUGCCGUUCUAAUUGCUUCUGCAAGUAUUUGUUAAUGGGAGAACUGGUGAGGUGAUUUCUGAAAUUCUUGGUUUUGAUAGCUGGUUUGAGAAAUUAUGGAGGUAAUGGAACGUGAAGAUGUCGCCGGUGUCCGUUGUCGAAAGGGAUUGGAUGGGUGUGGGGAUAGUGAACUGGAGAAUAGGAGCAAGAGAGCUGAGGAGAGGUGUGUGGAGUUAGAGUUGGAGAUUGUAAAGAGAGAUUGUGAGUAUGCAGCUCUGGAGGCCGAGUUUCGGGCAUUGGAGCGCGAAAAGAUUGCGAUUGAAGAAGAGAUCAAGGCUUUGAGGAGGGAGAGUGGUGGAGAUGAAAAGAAGAAAAAUCGUGGGGGAGAAAAAGGGGAGGGAAUUGGUGAUCUGACGGAGGAGAACGGGGAGGAAGACAAGGUCUGUCAGCUAAUGGUUGAGAUUAAAGCAUUGGAGUGUGAGAAGAAAAAGGCUGAAAGCGAGUUUGAGGCUUGGAAGCAAAAGUUCAAGGAACUGGAAUCGUUGGUCUUGAAAGGCGGGGAAUUGCCGUUGGAUAGAUGGAUGAAGGUGGCAGGGGUAGGAUCGCUAAAUGUGGAUUCUCUUGAAGACAGCGGGACUGUGCAGUUGAAUAAAGGGAUUAAACUUGACGAUGAAUUGCAAGUUGAAGGUGGCUUGGAGUAUUCCAGAGACAAGGAUAUGGCUGUGGAUCGGGUGGAUGUUGGCUCUACACGUCCCCCCCUCGGUAAAGAGAUCGGAAAUUUGCAGUCAGCAGGCACUCUGUGCAAUGACACACCGUGUAAGCAUUGGGAUGGUAUUAAGGGAGAGAAUAAACGUGUCUGUGUGCAGUCUGAUAUGAAAUAUUCUACCAGCAGACAAGCUAGGAAACGGUUGGAAUUCGACAAAGAGGGGAAUCCUUGCAAGAAGAUGGCUCCAUGUACGCCUGGUGGUGGCAUACCUUCUUCUCUCACUAUCGUCAAUAUUAGUGAUAGUGAUGAUGAACUUUUGCCUGCAAAUAAUCAGGAAAGCAGAAAGGUCUGCAUUUCGUCGGGUUCAGUAUUAGGAGAAACUGGGGGUUGUGAAAAAGAUAUGACUACCAAAAUAUGUGCUGAGGAAGAUGUUGAUAACAUCAAUGAGGGCCUGCUUGCCUCAAAACCCAAAAGAAAGCGUGCUCUUAAUAUUGUUACCAGUGACUCGGAAAGUAGUGAUGAUGAUAUUCCUAUCGGACAACUCAAGAAAAUGCAUCUUAAGGAAAUUAUACAUGACAAAGUAGGAUCUGAUCUCAAUGACAGCUCAGUGACUGCUACUGUGUCUGAGGUUGACAAUGCCAUGGGUACUGUUAGUCCUCCCAGGCGGCGUCUCGUUAGGUUGAGAAAAUGUGGGGCACAAAAAGACUAUUCAGCUCAGACAAGUGAAACUAAAUAUGAUCGAGAAAAUCUUGCAAAUGAGGAUGUUGAAGAUGAUGAUGUGGAAGAGUCUGGGUCGGAAAGUGAAGGUGAAAGCUUGGGUGGAUUUAUUGUUGAAGAUGAUUCUGCUGUUUCUGAUGGUCAUGAUGCUUCUACAAAGUCAGAAGGUUCCUCAGAUGAUGAUGUGGACUUUGAUGAGAUUCUGUCCAAAUUUCAGAGGAACAAAGAUCAGAAAUCGAAGUGGGAAUUUGAGGCAGACAUGCUGUCUGCAUUUGGUAAGGAUCCAGAGCUGUGCAUGAAAGCUGUAUGUGCUCUUUAUCGACAGCAGACUUCUGAAGAACAGUAUACCAAGGGAUCAUUGUGCACCAAUAGUCGUGGUUUUAGCAAGUUCGAUGCUCUCAAGGGAUCUUUAUUGGCUGAGUUUCUCACUAACGGAGACCCGAACGGAGAUCUCAAGAGAACUGUGAAGGAGUUGCAGGCAUAUGACCCAAGGGGCAUUGAAACGUGUAGGACAUUGGCGAGUCGUUACUCUAAGCAACUGUUCGAGAUCUACAAGAACAAAGAGGAUCCUCUCUUUCUACCAUUUUGAUGGGAGAUAUUACCAGUCCAGAUCCUCUGCCAGAAGUACUUCCAGGGUUUCCAAAUGCUUGUAAACAUCUAGGUCCUUUUGGUUUCAAUUUAUCACGGUUGUAUUUGUAUAUAACAUCUAAUUAGGAACAUCUGAAGCAUUAGGUCACUUAUGUUCUUAA